UGUGUAUCAACUACGAGGGUGGGUCCCGGGAGGGAGGUUUUUGAGUAACAGCGCAGUGAAGGGACCAUGAGAGCACGAACAACUCAACAGUCGCUUAUAUUUGGCCAUGAAAUAGAACAAUACCUUCUUUCACACUUCUUCCUCCCCAAAGUGGUGCAGCCCGGGAUGUGCCGGAGAGAAGUAAAAUAAUAGCAGGGGUUGUUGGUCAUGUAACGCUGUGAUUCUUCCCCAGGCACCACACCUGUUGGUGUCCACAUGGAGCAGCAUGCUAGCCAUCCCAACGGAAAAGCCAAAGAGGAAAGUAAUGCUGUGCCUCUUUGUCGAGCCAAACCCUCUCCUAGCUUGAUUAAUCUUCAAGCAAGUUCCCCAGCGGGCACUUUCCUGAACAUCCAGAAAACAAAGCUGCCCUCAGGAGUUGACCACAAGCCCAAGGAAUGCCUGGGACUCCUAGAAUGUAUGUAUGCCAAUCUCCAGCUGCAGACCCAGCUCGCCCAACAACAGAUGGCUAUUUUGGAAAAUUUACAAGCAUCGCUGACACAACUGGCUCCUGGGAGGGGAAGCAAGAACUCUUCUCUCCCAGCCUUAUCCCGUAAUCUGUUGUUGAAUCACCUGCCCCUGUUCAGUAAAUAAAUUGUGGAACAGAGUCACUGUGUGUUU